GAGAAAUGUAAAGUAGGUUAUCAGAAACGGACAAUUUUAAACACUCUGAAUUAAGAAAAGUUAGCAUUUCCGGGUCCAAUUUUCUUGCUUUCAUAUCUUAAUGGGUUGUACCUAUAUUUUAGGUCCAUAUUAACAGUGCCAUGGAUUAGAACUAGGAGGUACAGUAGUGAUAGACUGUCCUAAAACCGGGUAUCAUUGUACAAUAGAAUUUAUAACAAAACCUUUCUAUGGCAACAAAAAGAACAAGGUAUCGGCAGAAAUAUUUGCGCCUGAUGAGAAGAAACCUUUUCUUACAAUAUCCGGAGAAUGGAACAGUGUAAUGGAGUAUAAAUGGACUGAAAGGGACAUGGAAGAGCACAUCGACGUGAACAACCUCAGCGUGAUCAAGAAACAAGUGCGACCAAUCAGGGAGCAGGAAGAUAAUGAAUCUAGGCGGCUUUGGAAAGAAGUGACGGCCGGUUUGAAGUUCAAUGAGAUUGACAAGGGCGACAAUGCUAAACAGGCCUUGGAACAAAAGCAACGUGACGAGGCUAAGGAGAGGAAGGAUCGGGGUCAUGAGUGGAAUACUAGGCUGUUCACGAAGCUAGGAGAAGAUUCCUAUGUGUACAAAAAACCUCUCCGUCAGAGGCUAAACUCGCAGACAUCGAACACUUGAGAUGGGGAACCGGCGACUGACAGUUGACAGAUGUAAGUCGCGACGUCACACAUACACACACCUACUGUGCUUUUCUGGACUGUGUUUACUAGAAAACGCCCACACACACACACACACACAUUUGUCUGAGUUGUUAGUGAACUGUGAUAUGAAACAAAAAAUGGUAUGCUUUAGGUUUAUACCCUAUGCAAAGUAGGCGGAAUGACUGGUUUCACGUGACAUUUAAUUCAUAUAUUUGCUGUUCUGUAUAAAUUUACCCAAGGUUCUAAUUUUCUAAUAGUUCAAACCUCGCCCAAAUCAAAUAUUAAAAUCGUAGAAAUGAUACACAGAACCAGAACAAAUAGCAAAC